AUGGAAGGCAGAGAGCUGUCUAGUCAUACCCACGACUGGACCAAAGAACAGGGACAGCACUGCAAUGAAUAUUUCCAGUCAGCUUUUAUAUGCUCCUGCCUGUCCAUUUUUCUGGGAGGCAUCUUCGUUAUCUUAUUAAACAGGGCUGUAUAUUUCGUCUUGAAGCUCCUAGGUGUGAAACUUGGAAUUAAGAUGGUUGCCUCAGCGCCCCGUUUGUGGGUUUUCUGGAAGAGACGCUUUCAGGACUGGGUGCAGAUGAUGCUGUCCGCUCAGACCUCUGUGGGACGUGUACUGGUAAUACUGGUUUUCCUGUUUAGUAUUGGAUCACUCAUCAUUUAUUUUAUCAACUGUUACAGUGCCAUACAGUUCUGCCUCUCCUUCCAAGAUAGGACGAUUAAUAUUGACCUCUUCUUCAAUGUAUUCUUCCUUUUUUAUUUUGGAUUACGGUUCUUGGCAGCAAGUGACAAGUUGCAGUUUUGGGUUGAACUUAAUUCCAUUGUGGACUUCUUCACCAUCACUCCGGUCUGUGUUUCCUUCUACUUGCAAAAGAACUGGCUUGGUUUGAGGUUCUUGAGAGCACUCAGACUGUUAGAGCUUCCAAAAAUACUACAGUUCCUCCAAAUCAUAAAGAGUGGUACAUCCAUCAAGCUGUCCAAACUUCUGGCUGUGUUUGUCAGCACUUGGCUCACUGCUGCAGGGUUUCUUCACUGGAUUGAGAAUUCUGGUGACCCCUGGGAAGGUCCGAGCAAUUUCCGACACUUGAGUUACUUUGAGUGUUUAUACAUGGUUAUGGUGACCAUGUCUACAGUUGGAUAUGGAGAUAUUACAGCCAAAACUACCUCAGGACGGUGCUUUCUCCUUUUCUUCAUCAUUGGUGGACUGAUGCUGUUCGCAAAUUUUAUACCUGAAAUAGCAGAUAUUGUUGGAAGCACUAAGAUCUACAAAGGUUCCUAUGUGACAAUGAAAGGCAGAAAGUUUAUUGUUGUUUGUGGCGAUAUCACUCUGAACAGUGUAACAGCUUUUCUAAGAGACUUCCUAUCUCAGGAAUCAGGAAUGAUCACCACUGAGAUUAUCUUUCUGGGAGAGCAGGCCCCCGACCUGGAACUGGAAACUGUAUUCAGAUGCUAUUCUGCCUAUGCCUCUUUCUUCCAAGGCUCAGUAAUGAAGAAUGAAGAUCUGCGGAGAAUUCGGAUACAUGAAGCUGACGCAUGUCUCAUCUUAGCUGACACAUGUUCUGCCACACCCUACAUUGAGGACACUAACAACAUCAUGAGGGUGUUGUCCAUCAAGAAUCGAUAUUCCAAUGUCAGAGUUAUAAUACAGAUCAUCCAGUCUUCAAACAAGGUUUACCUGCCUAAACUCCCCAACUGGGACUGGAAGAAAGGAGAUAGCAUCAUUUGCUUUGCGGAACUGAAGCUUGGAUUAAUAGCACAAAGUUGCUUAGUGCCGGGUUUGACCACCCUGUUGACCAGACUUUUUGUUCGGGAGAACACAAGGGUAGACUUUUCUCAUAAAUGUUUAUUGCAGAGCAAAAACAUUUUGCUUGGACACUGGCAUGGGAUACAAGGCAUGGACUAUAAUGUGCUGACUGGCUGCCUUUCCUAUAAUUUUGUUGACAUGACCUUCCAAGAAGUUUGCCGAAUAUGCUUUGUGAAACUGGAUCUCAUACUGCUUGCCAUCCAGUUCAGACAGGGUCUUUAUGCCAACAGCAUCCUGAUCAAUCCACCUUCGACUGUUAGAAUCCAGUACAACACCAUGGGCUUUUUCAUUGCCAGAUCUGCAAUCGAAGUCAAAAGGGCUGGUUAUUACUGUCAAACAUGCCACAGUGACAUCAGUGAUCCGGAUGAUAUGAGAAAAUGCCGUUGUUCAGGGACAUCUGGAUCAAGUGCACCCUUGUUUUCAGCUAGUGAAAAUGAAACAGCCAUACAGGAGUAUCUGGCCCCAACUCAACGCAGUGCACUGAAUAUUAAUGAAAGAAAGUCAACAAUCCUAGAAGGAAAAUCAAGUGACCUCUUGCUAGACUCUACAGGAAUGUUCCAUUGGUGUGAAGCUGUCCCUUUAGAAAAGGCUAUCUUGAUGCGAAAAAGGAAGCUCGGCCCUGUGUUUCGCAAUCACAUUGUCGUCUGUGUUUUCGGAGAUGCCAACUCAUCCCUGAUUGGACUACGCAACUUUGUGAUGCCCCUGCGUGCCAGCAACUUCUCCUUUAACGAAUUGAAGGAUAUUGUCUUUGUUGGAUCUCUUGAAUAUCUCCAGAGAGAAUGGGAAUUCAUCCAGAAUUUCCCUAAACUGUUCUUAUUGCAGGGCAGUGCCCUUUCCUGUGUAGACUUGAAGACUGUCAACAUCAAGCACUGUGCCAUGUGUGCUGUACUCUCAGCCUAUGCCAGAAGCACUGGUAAUCAGACUUUAGUGGACACAAAAUCUAUCCUGGCGACCCUCAACAUCCGUUCCAUGCCAUUUUACAGACAUUCAGGAGCUGGUAUGUCAUUGGGAGUUAGCAGAGGCUUGGUGGAGAAUCAAUUGCCACAGCUUCCUUUUAAAAGUAUCCCCAUCAUCACCGAGCUGAAAGUCGCUUCCAAUGCACAGUUCUUUGAGCAGAACAUUGAGGGAAAUGCAGGGGACUUUCACAACCAGCACAUCACACAUUUUUGCAAAGGAACGGUGUUCUCUGACAGCUUUCUGAAUUCUCUGCUGUGCACUGCCUACUAUAACCAUCAUGUGUUGGCUUUGCUCCAGACUCUGGUUACUGGUGGAACCAGCCAACAACUGGAAGAAUAUCUAGCAGUGGAGACUUCACUGAAUGGCAGUUGUAGCAACAUAACACAAUUUGCUCCUAGAAACAGGUGCAAGCUUGCACUAUUACCAGUAACAGAUAAUCCAGAUUUACUAGAUGGAGUCCUGAUCUUCUUUGGAGAUAUGUACUGUAAAGCACUUGACAUGUUUGGGAUCAUUUGCUUUGGUCUUUAUCGUGUAUUAGAGGAGGGAUAUAUGGAAAAAAUUAGGUAUGUGAUUUCUCGGCCAUCCAGCAGUUCGGAGAUCUUCGCUUCUGAUCUAUUAUUUUGCCUUGUUCCAUUUGACACUUCAGCGACUCACCUGAGUGAUGUGGUUGAAAAUAUUAUACCAAAGGGACGGAGGUCAGGCUUGAGUACUGUAGGGGGGAUUUUCUGA